AUGUCACUGUCUGUACCCACUACCGGAGUUCUUUCCAAGAUUACCCAACGUUACGGCUCUCAAUAUUUAAUAAAUCCAAAAGUGUUCGAUAAAAUCUUUAAGAAGUUGGAUUUUAAGGAAUAUUCCUCAACUCUCAAAGUUUUAGACAUGUACCCGGGCCCCUGUGUUCAAAGUACUAUGUUCUAUAAUAAGUAUCAGCCAAAGCAGUAUGUGCUGAUGGAGUCAAGAUCGCAAUUCGUGAAAUUGAUAAAAUCUGAAUUUCCUUUUCCCUCACCUCUCGAACGUACUGAACGUGAUCCUUACCAUUGGGAAUCAUUUAUUGAAAUUAUUGAAAAGGAGAAGUUACUGGUACCUGAGAAGCAGCCUUUGACACAUAUUCACAAUUCCUUUUUGGUUGUCGGGAAUGUCACCAAUAGAAACAACGAAUCAUUGAUAAUGCAAUGGUUCCAUUGCAUAGGUAAUAGAAAUUGGCUGCAAAGAUUUGGAAGAGUCCGUAUGUUGUUGUGGGUACCUCUCUCCACUGCUAGCAAAUUGAUGGCUGAACCAAAAAGUAAACUUAGAAGUAAAGCUUCUGUAAUCAGGGAAGCCUUUACUGACACGCGAUUGUUAGCCAUAUCCAAUAUUGCUGAGUUGAAAAAAUUUGACAAGAUAGUGUUAGAUGAAAGUAAUCCUAUUGUUUUUGGUGAAGAUAGUAUGUUAAAAGGGGCUGGAGUAUCAAGUGCCACAUCAAUUGCUUUAUUGGAAAUAAAUCCAAAAAAUCAUGAUUUAGAUCUAGAAAAUUGGGACUACGUGACCAAACAUUUAAUGAUUUUGAAACAAACAAAGUUAAUCGAUGCCCUGGAAUCCCUUGGCCAUGGUGCCAAAGAUUACUUUACCGAAAAGAUUGAAGACUCAACAUACUUGAACAAGACACCUGGCGAGAUGACCAAUGAUGACUUUAUUUAUCUUACAAAGAUAUUUGCCAACUGGCCCUUUAAACCUGAUAUUUACAUGGAUUUUGUUGAUAUUUUACAAGAGGAAAGCACAUCAUAA